UGGAGCUGGGGGUUCUUUUGACGUUAAGCCAGGUAUAAAAGUACCCAAGGACGGAGAAUAAGCUAUACAUGUUCAGGCCAAGUAUCACCAUAGAUCUGUUACCCAAGCAAGAGUCACCAUGACCAUGGGAAAGAUCAUCUUCUACGAGGACAGGAACUUCCAGGGUCGUUCCUAUGAGACCAGCUCAGACUGCCCUGAGUUGACCUCCUACCUGAGCAGGUGCAACUCCUGCAGGGUGGAGAGCGGCUGCUUCAUGGUGUAUGACCGCUCCAACUUCCAGGGAAACCAGUACUUUGCGAGGAGAGGAGAGUAUGGUGACCACCAGCGUAUGGGCAUGUCUGACUGCAUUAGGUCCUGCCGUAACAUCCCCAUGCACAGUGGCCAGUUCAGGAUGAGGAUCUACGAGAGGGAAAACUUUGGAGGCCAGAUGCACGAGAUGAUGGACGACUGUGAGAACAUGAUGGACCGUUACCGUAUGUCCGACUGCCAGUCCUGCAAUGUGAUGGACGGCCACUGGCUCAUGUACGAGCAGCCCAACUACAGAGGCAGGCAGAUGUACCUGAGGCCUGGAGAGUACAGGAACUUCAGCAACAUGGGGGGAAGCAUGGGCAACAUGAGAUGGCAGUCUAUGAGGCGUAUCAUGGAUUCUUGUUAACUCACUGUUUGAUGUGAAUAUUAGGUUGACAAUAAAGGCUUGUAUAAAAGCA